GGGUCUGGGUCUGGGUCUGGGUCUGGGUCUGGGUCUGGGUCUGGGUCUGGGUCUGGGCGGCAGGGCUCCCUCCCACCCGCGGCUUCCCGGACACCAAGCUGCGCGGCGUCGCGUGGACGCGGGAGCAGGGACAGGGUGAAAGGUCACAGCGAUUAGCAACGGCCGCCUGACCCCGCGAGUUGGGCGCGCUCUCGCCAAUCCCCGCGAGAUGGGCGUGCUCCCGCCAGAUCCCGCCCUCCUGCCUGUUCGGGAUGGGGAGCGGGAAUGGCAGCUUUCGUGAGCAACGUUCGGCGAGAUCCGAGGGAGGUUCAUCGCGCGCGGGGAGCUGCCCCCUCGGCAGCGGGGAGUCAGAGUAAUGGUUUCAAAAAGUCCCCAAAUGCUUCAGAUCACACUGUGCUGAAUCAUACACUUGCAGAAGUAAAAGCUUUCCUCAUUAAUGAAGAGAACUUACACCAGUUUGAUGACCUCACUAAAGUCAACCCAGUGACAACUGCCACAGUUUUAAAAUGUCUACAAGCAAGAUAUGUGGCCAGUGUGUUUUAUACCAAUGCUGGGUGUACGCUGGUGGCUCUUAACCCAUUCCAGCCUGUUUCUAAUUUGUAUUCCCCCGACAUUAUGAAGGUAUACCACUCUGCAUCUCGACCACAGGAAUUGAAACCGCACAUCUUCACUGUGGCUGAGGAAACAUUCAGGAAUGUACAAAGCCAUAUUGAACCAGUUAACCAGUCACUUAUAGUCAGCGGGGAGAGUGGUGCUGGAAAGACCUGGACAUCCCGUUGCCUUAUGAACUACUUUGCCACAGUUGCUACCUCAAGCACUUCUGUUAAUUGCCAGAAAAAUGUGGAAAAAAUAGAGAAGAGAGUGUUAGAUUCCAAUCCUGUGAUGGAGGCAUUUGGAAAUGCUUGUACACUGCGGAAUCACAAUAGCAGUCGAUUUGGAAAGUACAUUCAACUGCAGCUAAACAGAUCACAGCAGCUGGAGGGAGCAUCUGUGCAGACUUACCUUUUGGAGAAAACACGGGUUGCCUAUCAAGCUCCUUUAGAAAGAAAUUUUCACAUUUUUUAUCAGGUAAUGAAAGGAGCCACUGAGGAGCAGAGGCUGGAAUGGGGUCUUUCUGAAGAGGAAGAAUUCUUCUGGUUGCCAAAUGCUGACAAAGUAUUAGAAGAGGACCAAUUUGAAGAAACCAAAGAUGCAAUGUUACACCUGGGUAUUGAUAGUUGCAUACAAAACCAGGUAUUCAGGAUUCUAGCUGGUCUUCUACAUCUUGGAAAUGUGCGAUUUAGCUCUCCUACAGAUGAGUCUCACCCUUGUGAUCUGAAAGAAAAGGCGAAAUACUUUCUUAAAAGAACUGCAAAUCUACUUAAAGUUUCUGAGGACAGUCUUCUGGAAGAGCUUAGAGUCCGGACUAUUACAGCAGGCAGGCAGCAACAAGUGUUUAAAAAGCCGUGCUCCAAAAUAGAGUGCGGCAUGAGAAGGGACUGUGUGGCUAAAGUAAUUUAUGCGAAAUUGUUUGACUGGCUGGUAAAAAUUAUAAAUGGCUCCAUAUGCUCAGAUUCUUUCAGGUGGACAAGUUUUAUAGGUCUGUUGGAUGUAUAUGGAUUUGAAUCAUUUCCACAAAAUAACCUGGAACAGCUUUGUAUUAACUAUGCAAACGAAAAGCUCCAGCAGCAUUUUGUGGCACAUUAUCUCAAAGCGCAGCAGGAGGAAUACACUGCAGAGGAUCUGGAGUGGUCUUUUGUUAGUUACCAAGAUAACCAGAGCUGUUUAGAUCUGAUUGAAGGAAAUCCCACCGGCAUCUUUUCCCUUUUAAAUGAGGAAAGCCGCCUUAACCGACUUUCUGAUGCAAACCAAUUUAAAACUCGCCUUCAGGCAGCUUUGGCGAGUAACCGUUGUCUGAGCUGGAAUGUGUUUAGCAAGGUUCCCAAUUUUGUAGUGGCUCAUUACGCAGGCAAGGUUAAUUACCAGAUUGAGGGAAUGAUGGAAAAGAACAAGGAUCCUGUUCCACCAGAGCUGAUGCAGUUAUUGGAGAAAUCUCAGGAUACCUUAUUGAAGGAGCUAUUUCCUGUUGGAGAGAAAGAACACAAUGAUAGUAAAGCUCAAAACAAAGCAGUUACUGUGGUCUCCAAAUUUAAGAGUUCAUUGGAAAACCUGAUGUCUAUAUUAAACAGCACCACACCUCAUUACAUCAGAUGCAUCAAGCCUAAUAUGGACUGCAAACCUCUCCUUUUCAAAUCAGAGGAGAUUCUCAGCCAGCUAGAAGCUUGCGGUAUUGUUGAAACAAUCAACCUCAGUGCAGCUGGAUUCCCUAUUAGGGUCCCAUUCCAGCAUUUUGUGGAGCGCUAUGGACUUCUGAAAACAGAUUGGAAACUUAAUUUGAAAACUACAGCUAGCUUUAAUGGAUGCUCUCCUGCAAAAAAGAGGAAAGGUUCUUCUUCAGAUGGCAGCACUGAAGCUUUGAACUUCAUUGUACAAGACAUUCUCACUAAUGUAUUAACUGGCCAAAGUAUCACCUCAUCCUUUAAGCCAACUGAGAACAGAUCACGUAGCUCAUUAGUACAUUGUGGCAAAACAAAAGUGUUCAUGACUCACAGUAUGCUCGAGAUGCUCGAAAGCGCAAGAAGUCAAACUCUUUCCAAGAAAGUACUUUGCAUUCAAUAUAACUGGCGAAGAUAUUGUCAAAGAAAAUUAGCACGAUCAAGGCGAGCAGCGACCAUCAUUCAAGCAGCAAUCAGAUCAUGGUUGACCAGACGGUGGAUUAAAAAACUUCAUCAGGCUGCAGUGGUGCUGCAACGAGCAUGGAAAACCUGGAAAAUUAAAAUGGAAUUCUUGGCAGCAAAGGAAUUAGAUGAUACAACAGAUUUUAAAGAAAUGGAGUUGGUUCGGGAAUCUCCUGUUUGCUCACCUUUAUAUCGGUCAGUGUAUGAAUCACCAAACAAGCUUUCCCAAACUAUUCAACUCAGAGAUCUAAAGUUACACGCCUGGCCACUGGGUCUGAUCCUUUCAUCUGUUUGCAUUAUUGGAAUGACUCCAUCCAUAUCUGAAACACUUAAGGCCUUUACUCGAUUGGCUGCCUUGAAGGUGAAAUGGAGAAGCAACUAUAAGGUGGAACAUAAUCAGUCUGAUCAAGGUAUUGCUUCUGUUAGAGCAUUACCCGAGGUGCAAGUAAAGUUUCAUUGCAGACGUUCACCAUUGCUUUUUGCAGAUAUUUAUCCUGAACACACACUCUGCACAAUCAUAGGCCUUAACCAGAUUUUAUUGGAAAAAAAGGAAGAUUAAUCAUUUUAUUUAUAUGCCAUGUUCCUGUAAUCCUUUCUAAUAGAAGUUUGUAAAACAGACAUCUUAUGAGACCACAUUGAAUUGAAUUGAAUGAUUUAUUGUCACUUUAAUUUUACAGUGAAUAGCGAAAAGCUUCAAUUUCAAUCUCUCACACUGAUGGAAGCCACAGCUAGAAAUGAGGAUCAAACCUUUAUUAGAUUUGUCCCUGAUCUACAUUAUUAAGGGACUGAAUUAGGUUUGGGAUAAGGUGCAUUUAUACAUUAUAAUACAAGAAGAUAGAUUUAGUAUUUGUACUAUCACCAAAAAUUAUCAGUUUUAAUUUUGCACCUAUUGAGCUGAAUUCACAAAACUUAGAAGUUUUAUUGAACUUCCUUUGUUCAGCAAAAUGACAUUUUAAAGAAAGCAAUACCAGAACAGUGCAUUACAGCAAUUGCCCAGGGAAUAUCAACCUGAGAUAGAGAUUAGUAAUUUCUGCCUGUUACACUACACUAAAUUUUCUAUUAAGCCUGAGCUUAUUCUGCCUUUCUGAUUGAAAAAAUUCAUUGCUAUUUCAAUAUAUGGAAAAAUCCAUGUUAUAAUUAAGUGCCUUAUCUCAGGACAGUUGAUUUCAACAAAAUCUUGCAGUGCAUAUGCAUUCAUAAGAGCACUACUGUUUUUUUUUACUUAGAGGUGUCUUAAAAUUGGAGGAAUGUAAAACCUUUUAGUUUUCUAAAUGUGACACACGUUUUAAAUCUGACUCCUGUCUUAGGAAACUUUGAUAGUUUUGACUUACUUAUUUGGUUUUCUGCCUUUACUAAUUAUAAACAAAAACAUGGUUGUGGUAUUUACAAUGUAUGAUUAGAGCGAUGAUAUUCUUUGGAACCAAACCAAGAAAAACUAUUUUACUGACUUCUUAAUAUCAGAUGCUGACUUUGUAAUUACACUGAAAAUUUCAAAUAACUCUUGCACAGCACUGAGACACUUGGGUUUUGUGUAGAACUGGCUGUUUUGUCUUGUUAAAUCCCUAAAGACAUGCCAGAUACUAAAGUCAUAACAUGCUAUAUUAUUUUUAGAUUACUAUCUUUCUAACUUGCUAGGAGAUGAAUAUUUUUGGACCAAAAUGUAGGCUGUAGCUUCUCCACAUUCAGCCAUCAAUAUUGCUCUGCCUCAGCCAGCAGCAGUCCCUGUUUAAGAAGGAUAUGGGGUAUUGAAUGUAGGUUUAUAUGAAGAGGGGGAUAAAAGAACUUUCAUUGGCAGCUAAUGGUGUUCAGUUUAAGGAAAUAUAGUGAAAUGCCAAGAAAACAUGGAGGUCAAGCUCAUAGGUUCUCUCACAAAGUAACCAUACUUUUAAAAAAGUGCUACCUUUGUUUCUUUCUGCUACUCAUUGCCAUUUCCUGAUGGUCAUGCCUAAAACCCCUCACAAAGAAUUAAACAACUAUUUGGAAUCAAGUCUGUCACUUUAGACAUUCCAACCGAGGUCAGGAACACACUGUUAAAGAGUGUUGCACGCUCCAGUCUGUUGCUUUAUUCUCUAUCACCGAGAUGCUAGACUGCAUCUUCUUGUUGAAACUACGUCUAAGGACUAAUUGAUUUGUGAUCGCAAUUCAUUACAACAUUUUUUUUUGUUUUUUUUCUUUUCUUUCGUAAGUGCAGGAGUUCACAACACUAUAUUCAGCUGUCAUUCAUGGAAGUAACUUAAAUUGUGUUAUGGGCUUUGAAUGUAAGAUGAGGGUUGCAAGUUUUAACUGGACAAUAAAAUUGCACUAAGUAGUCACCUUUGGGUUGAUAGAUGAAAAUGUUUAGAGUUAAAAAUACUUUGACAAACUAGUACAUUUUGUUUCAAAAAAAUGUUAUUGAACUUUUGUUUCCUGAUGUGAAGAACUGCUGCAUUCCAGUUCUUCUGAGCAGUAGUGACAAUUUUUAUUUCUUGAGCAGGGCAGUCUCAAGCAGGAGUUUCUUUUUCCAUUCUGUAAUUGCUUCAAAUCAGGUGUUGCUACUAAACAAAAAUAUGGGAUGCUGGAAUGUUCUUUAAAAAUAACACUAGUGAUAAUAGAUUGAAAUAUUUAUGUAUUAAAUAUCUAUUCAAUGAAUGUACACUAUAUGCAAAUGAGAAACUGAUCUAUGUAGCAAUAAAACAUAUAUUCUUAAACAUGUUGAUGUUCAUUAUUUUUAAGUAGAUUAGGGAAGGCUUUUUGACAUCUUGCUUUUUUUUUAAUGCAUUUUCUAUGGAGUGGUAGUCUAACUCUUUCAUAGUUGUAUUAUCUGUAAACGUUUUGAUCCUUAAAUUGGCUUCUAUCCUUCCAAUUCUAUACAGUUUUAUAUAGUAAAAGCUGAAUGUGUAAAAUGAAGCUCAAU